CCCAACAAACAAGUAAGAUGGUGGGGAUAGCGGUGGUCGAUGUAUUCGGUUAGCGUUUUAAGAUGGAUCCUUAUAGAGCCAGACUGCUUGCGAUCGCCCAUGAAUUAACAGAAAGAGACUUCUUGGAUCUAAAAUUUCUGUGUAAAGAGCAUUUUCCCUCGGGAAUCUUGGAGAAAAUCGCUCGACCCCUUGAGCUGUUCGAUCUGCUAGAGCGUGACAACUUGUUGGGUUCUCAAAACGACGAGUAUUUGAUCGCUUUAUUUGAAAGCAUCAAUAGAAGUGAGCUUUCACAAGUGCUUCGUGGAGGGUCAGRUACCAAGGUAACUCAAGCAGACAAGACUUUGGCAGAGUUGAAGGGCUCCUUACAAGACCAUUACAAGAAUGUCAUUGGCUGGCUUCAACCACUUGCUUGGAAUGAUACAUUCCGACUUCACAUCAAGCAAAUCUUCACAAACCUGGAGAUAAUAACACAUUGUAGUGUUGAAUCUCCUGACAAGAAAAGGUCACCAUUGUCAAACUAUGAAGACGUGUUUCACCCAAGGCACAAGCGCAUUCUCAUUGAAGGCAAGGCUGGUGUUGGCAAAAGCACACUUGCAUCUGAGAUUGUUUAUGACUGGGCAACUGGGGAAAUGAAMUCYCCUUUUAAACUGGUUUUCCUGAUCGAGUUAAAACAAGUGAAUAGCAGCAUCAAGGAAGCCAUGUUUGAUUUAUUGUUCCCAAAAGAUUUCCGAAUUUCCUGUGAGCAGUUAUACAGUUAUGUGAGCCAACAUCAACAAGAUGUGUUGUUUAUAUUAGAUGGCUAUGAUGAAAUAAACCCAUCAGCAAUUCAAGAUCUUCAUGAGCUCAUUACUGGAAAGAUCUUGAAGCAGUCCACAGUAGUGGUUACGUCAAGGCCAGGGAAGGGGACCAAGAUUCAUUGGUAUAUGGACACGAGAAUUGAAGUUAUUGGGUUUACAGCUGAAAACAUGCACCAAUAYAUCCGUAAGUACUUCCAAGAUAACCCAGAGGAAGCUGAAGCUUUGAUAGUUGAUCUGGACAUGAAUCCUGUAUCUGAAAAUCUUGCCAGAAUUCCUGUUACAACCCUGUUGAUCUGUGCAAUGUGGGAAGAAAUGCCUCAUUCCCUAGUCCUUUCAACCAUGACAGGAUUAUUUGUUGAGUUGACSUUAUGUCUUGUCAAACRGUAUUAYGUCAAAGACAAAACUGAGGGUGAGCAAUUUGCUGAGAGCAUAAGUACAUUGGAUGACAUCCCACACAACCUUUAUCAAGGUCUUCUUUGUCUUGGAGAAGUUGCUYUGAAUGGCCUCUUGGAAGAUAGAAUGAUUUUUGACAGAAAAGUCUUGGAAAAGAGUGGCUGUAUCAGUGAAAUAUUUGAGSUUGGAUUCCUGAGCCUUGAAAGAAGUUCAUCAAGACUUAAACCUGUUCAAAUGUGCCGUUUUMUACAUCGAUCCUAUCAAGAAUUUUUAGCAGCMCUCUGGUUGAGUGACAGGAUCAAGAAGUCUAUGCAUUGUGUAUCAGUGUAUGAGGAGACUAKUGUACACAUCAUGAAGUGUGUUCAGGCCGAGCUGUKGACAGUAUUGUUCUCCUUUACUCCAGGACUUCUUGGAGAGUACUUUGAGAAGUUCUUUGAAUUGCUUAUCCAAGAAGGCAGUCAAGUUGCACAUGAAGACACACAUCAACUCUUCUUUCUUGUAUGUUUGCAAGCACUGUAUGAGUCCCAACAGGGAAAUCUUGCACACAUGCUUUGUGAGAAUGUUGUCAAGGGGGUAGUCAGACUUAAGACCUCAGAUCCAACUCCUUAUGGGAUUAAAUCUUUGGCUUACUUCAUGCAAAAUAGUUCUGAUGUCCACACACUGAUAUUUGAAGACAGCUUCCUUGCCAAGAGAAACCUUGCCACCCUUGCACGGUGCUUGUUUGAAAUCAAGGACUUGAAAGAGUUGCAUCUUAUCAAUAGUUUUGCAGUAGCUGAUGCAAUGGAUGUGUUUACAAACAACCUAACUUCUUUAUCAAUUGAAAAGAUUGUUGUGUCCAAGUCAAAGAUUCUGGUGAAGAAUCUGGCUGCAAUAAUCAAGUGUUGCCCCAAGCUACAUGAUGUGGAAUUAAAUUACAAUGAAACAACAGAACAUAACUUGGGCGAUCUUCUAGAKGCUCUGAAGUCUGUACCAAAGCUUGACAGGUUUAGCUUGUCCAGAGAAAAACUAACACAGCCAAAUGCCGAACUUCUCUGUUCUGUUAUGACAACAAACUGUAAUCUUAGUCACUUGACUCUAAAUAAAGUAGUAGUUCAUGAUAUGAAGGACAUAACCUCAGUGUUGGAUGCUUUAUGUCACUGUAGUAGUACUCUCACAUACUUAUCAUUGAGUGACCCUGUAAUCAAGACCAAAGCCAUGACAAAAGUGAAAAAGAUGGUAGUGAACAGAAAACCAAUGUAUGAYGCACUUCAAAGAGYUCUUCCAAAACUCAAGCAACUCACUCAUUUAGACUUGUCAAGAAAUGAACUUUCUGGAUGGACAAAUCUUCAGGAAUGUAUCAGAGACUUGAAGAUGCUACAGUACCUGAAUCUGUCUGGUAAUUCUAUCAGCGAUGAAGGCUUAUUAAUGCUGACUGAAGUCUUGAGUAACUUUCCUAACCUGGAAGAACUGCAUCUUGCUUGGAAUCAGAUAAGUUGUCAGAGUGUCGUCAUAUUAGCAACAAAACUAGUGGAUCUGUUGAAGUUGAGAGUGCUUUCCCUCAAGUCCAACAAGAUAUCUGAUGAUGGUGUGACUGCUAUAUUUGAAGCUUUGUCAGGAAUUCCCUCAAUAAGCAAGGUCUACGUGGAUAAUAACUUUAUCACUGACAAGGGUUCCUCUCUGUCAUUGUGAAUGCCGCCAAAGUGAAGAACUUGGAAUGCUUGAAUCUUAAGAAGAAUCUCAUUGGUGAACUGGGGAUUCUAACUCUAGCAGAUGCCAUUGCUUCCUUGCCGAAGUUGAAGGAGCUUCUUAUUGGUUGUCCAGUUAUCCUGAACAGUGAUGCAUCAGAUAAACCAGACCAAGUGGACGGCCAUCCAAAUUCUUAUAAGUACUGCUACAAGAAGCUAUCAAAUGAUGUUUUCCUUUGUCUUAUGGACGCUGCUCAUCAACACCCAAGCCUCAGAGAGAUUUACUUGAGUAUGAAUGCCAUUCCAGAAGACRUAGAAGCUGCUGACUACCCAAGACUUAUCUUCUAUGCUCAUCACACGAUAUAAAUGACAUGAAAUCUAAACAAGUAUAUAAUUGAAAAAUUAUCAAAUAUGGUAGACAUCAUGGCAGAGGCAUAUCAGAAAAUUAAUGAUUUCAAAUAUUCCUUUGCAUCUUUGCCAUAACAACUCAAUGACAUGUUUUUGAGAAAACUAAAAAAGGUUAAACCAUUCUGCUCCUAUAGUUAGGCCAUUCUUAAGAAUUUUCAAGACAAAAAAGUUAGUAAUAUUGAUUUAUAAUUCGUAAUUAAGUUAAAUUAAAUUCAGUAUUUAGUUGAGUAAGAAGCAUUUUUAAAUUURAAAAUUGAAUAGUUACCAUGAUAAUACUUUGUUAUAGAGUUGAAGACAAUGAAAUYGGAUUGGUUAACAAAUUGAAAUAAAAAUUUCCAUCAGAUAAAAUACCAAACACAAAAUGUAUGCAACACUUUGUACUAUUUACUACUAAAGAGUGCUUACUAAACAAUUAGCAUAAUGUACCAGUACUAAGUUAGUAUUUAUGUUGCACACUUUACGUGUUUCUACUCUUAUACCAGCUUUUACAAUCUUUAUAAUGUUGGGAUAAUCUUUCAUAGAUUUGGUGUAAGCUCUUCUUGUUGUCAUGUUUUAUAUGRAUCARAGUGGAUUGUCAAAAACAGCAACAGGACCUCCGUUGUACUUUUCUAGAAGGCUUGGCCUCAAUACUGCAUUAAGUGAACWAAAACUUUUCAARCAUUAAAAUAAACAAAUUCCAAAU